GGGAAGUUUGAGACAAAGAUUUAGUUAAAAAAAACUGAAUGAUUGGAAUAAAUAUACUGUUUAAGAGGAUAUUUUUACGAAAUAAUGAUUAUUAUCCAAAUACAAUUAUUUUUAAUAGCAAGUACUAAAGGUAAUUUUAAAAUAUAUAAGGAAAAAUAGAAAAACAUUUUUUCAAUGCCAUGUGAAGAGCUGCUUCGUUAUUUAAAAUAAUCAUGGACGAAAGGAGGGUAGCAGAUUACUUUGUUAUUGCUGGUUUGCCUGGGCAAGACAAUGAUUUUGAUACUGAUAAUGAAAAUGAUAAGUUAGAAGACUGGUAUCAAGAAGGAACGCAUGUAAAAGAUAUGAAUGUGAAACCUCCUAUUACUGAUCUUGCUAUUAUAUUUCCGGCAUUGGGUGAAAAAUGUCCAGAAGGGUAUGAUUUGUUAGAACAUACUGUUUCAGGCUUAGUUGCUGAUUUAAAUCAUGGAAGUUUAAGAACAAAUGAAUGUUACUUAUGUUAUCGACGAGGACGUGAUAAACCACCAUUAGUUGAUAUAGGUGUAAUAUAUGAUGGUAAAGAACGUAUAAUGCCAGAUGCUGAAAUGAUAUUAGAAACUCCGAAAGGACAUUUAGCUAAUGUGAAUAAUUCUACAGCAAGAAUAUUUGUGACAUAUAGACGUGCAAGUCGUAAAAUGCAAUGCAAUUCAUUAGUCGUGACUGACAUUUGUGUAAUAUUGACAAAUAAAGGAGAGACACCCCCACAUGCAUUCUGUAUUAUCAAUAAAAAUUUAAACAAAGGCAUGUUGGGUAGUGAUGUAUAUCUGUGCUAUAAGAAAUCUAUGAAUCGAGCAAAUCUGAUAUCAUUUAAACCUGCAAUAUUGUAUAAAUAUCCAAUAGUUGAUUACAGCAAUUUUAUCUUCCCAAAUUCAGUGGCAAUGUUUUGCUUACCAAUGGGAGCAACAAUAGAAUGUUGGCCCAAAGUGGCAUGUAAACCUAAGCCAGUAUUUUCCACAUUUGUUUUAACAGUAGCUGAUGCAGCUCAAAAGAUAUAUGGAUCAGCAAUAACAUUUUAUGAAGAACUUGAAUUAGAAAUGGAUAGUCCAAAUUUUAAAGAAAAUCAACAACCAGCUGAUGUACUCAUGGAGAAUAUGAAAAAUUCUGUUGAACACGCAGAAUUUGACUACCAACAGUUAAAAAUGAAAACACAAAAGCAGUCUGGAAUAUUUAAAAAGCUCACGCUAGCGCAGUUAGAAAAAUUGCAAUAUACAAAUCCAGCGACGCAAUCUUUGAAUAUUAGUAAAUCCAUAUGCAUCCUAUCUCAUUGGCCAUUUUUUGAUACGUUUGAGAAAUUUUUAGUUUUCUUACAUAGCAUGUGUAAUAACACACCGCAACAAGUUCCUAUUGAAAAGUAUAUAGCAUAUUUUUUGUACGAUAUACCGUUUCCAAGUCCACAGAGACCAAGAAUUCUCGUGCAGUUAAGUACUAAGGACAGGUUGAUUUUGACUCAGCCAGAAGAUUUGGCGCUACCUAGGUCUGGUGCCAGUUUUCGACAGUUACUCAUCAAUUUAGGACCCGAUAAUUGUUUACUUAUAUUAUUGUUAAUCCUUACUGAACAGAAAAUACUUGUACAUUCGUUACGUCCUGAUGUACUUACAUCGGUGAGCGAAGCAAUCGCUAUGAUACUGUUUCCAUUUAAGUGGCAGUGCCCAUACAUACCUUUGUGUCCUCUUGGAUUGGCCGAAGUUCUGCAUGCCCCACUGCCGUUUUUGAUAGGUGUGGAUUCCAGAUUCUUUGACCUAUAUGAUCCUCCAUCUGAUGUUAAUUGUGUAAAUUUAGACACAAAUAAUAUAGCAAUUUGCGAUGACAAAAAAUAUUUAAACGUGAAAUUAUUACCAAAGAAAGCAGCUAGACAGCUUAGAAAUUCGUUAGAACAUCUUUAUUCGAAAUUGAUUUCUUUGGGAAAAAGUUAUUCAUCAAUGAAAAACACAGAAGAUGAAGAAUUUAGCGUGGAUAAAGAGUUUCAACAAAAACGAAAAGAACAAGCUUUGGAGCUUGAAAUACAAGACGCUUUUUUAAAAUUUACUGCUACUAUACUCAAAGGAUAUCGUGCUUGUUUACUACCUAUUACAAAAGCCCCAACAGUUGGUUCUACAGACCCAACUAGCUUAUUCAACAUACAAGCGUUUCUUAGAAGUCGAGACAAAGCUCAUGCAAAAUUUUAUAGUAUGUUAGUGAAGACGCAAAUGUUUAUAAGAUUUAUAGAAGAAAGAAGUUUUGUAUCUGACAUGGACAUGGCAGGUUUAGCAUUUUUUGACGAAUGUACUGAACGCAUCGAGGAAGAAAAUGUGCCUCUUUUGGAAUUGGAUGAAUCUCAGCAUAGUGAACGGACAGUAUUUAUACCUCCGCCUGAACCUGGUCCAAAUCAAGCGCCGAUAGUGUAUCGUACAUUUAAAUUGAAUCCGGAUUUAAUAAGACCACAGAAAAAUUUCAAUAUAAGGAAUCCGAAUUUAAGUGCCUUCGGAAUAGUACCAGGAAGUCCCAUGGCACGUAGAACCAAACACGAAAUCAAGGUUGCUCAAAGGAUGGCGCGUAAACAAGCAGCAAUGCCAGAUAGAUGGGGUAGAUGUCUGCUUGGAACUUGUUACAGCCUUUGGUUCUUGCAUUUACCGGCUAUGCUCCAAGUCUCGAAUCAACCUGCUACAAUUUUACAUCAAGCUUACGAUUUGUUAGUCAAAAUGCCAAAAUUACAUCUUGAUCCUAUUGAAGAAGUUUGCUAUAGAGCUAUGAUGCAACUAUGUGGCGUUUAUGGACAACCCGUUUUAGCUGUAAAAUUAUUAUUCCACAUGAAACGCAGUGGAGUUCAGCCAAAUGCACUUACUUAUGGAUUUUAUAAUAAGGCUGUACUCGAAGCAACUUGGCCAUCUGAUAUGACAAACUCCAGUCAGUUGAUGUGGAAUAAAUUAAGAAAUGCUAUAGUUGGAGCUGCUCUAUUUAAGAGAGCUGGUAAAAGAAGUGCUAGACGAAGAUUAAGUUCAAAUGCAGAAUUAUUGUCUGUUGAUGGCAAAACUGCAAGUAUGGAACAUGCAUUUUCUAGAUCUAGUCUUGACAGUUCUCAUUCUCAAGAUACAGAAGCUGCACACAGUGAUUGGAGCUCUGUCUCAGAUCUGCCAGAAUAUGGACCUUUUGAAAUAAAGAAGCUUCCUCGACAAAAUAGUAUUGUUAAAGAUUCAGCAACAUUAAGUGUUAUGCAAACAGAAGAAUUGGAUAACUUGCAGCUGAAUCAGAGAAUGAAUCGAAAUUUAGAAUCACCAUUAAAAAAUCCUACUCGUACACCAGUUACUGAGAAUGACCCGUUAGGUGCUUUAAUUAAUGAUGAAACUCCGAUUGUUUCACCUUCGGAGGAAAAUGAUUCAAAUUGUUCAACAGAUACCUUGACUGUCUUUAAUAAUGUUGAAGAACGACCAGGAGGACCACUUUUGUUUCGGAGUAAUAUUCUGCCUCGUAGUGCAACAUUUCAUCAAACAGUAGAUGAAACGGGUGUAGCAAUAGGUGGCCAUUUACAAAGGAGUGAAACCAUGCCACAUUCUGUUGCACAACAAGGCGAGCAAGAUAAGGAAAGAGAAAGACUAGAAAUAAGCAGUCUUUGGUCUCAAAAGGACAGCGUUACCUCCAGUCUUUCAAGCUUAGGUUCCAGUUUGAAGCUCAGCUUUGGUCCCACUAGUUUAACGGGAAAGAAGUCCAAUGAAAUAAUACUCGGUGGUUUAAAUAGUUUAAAAUCAGCUGCUACAACAGUAGUAAAAAAGUUUGACGAAAUUAAAGAAGCUAUCUCUGCAACAAGUACUCCUGUGAAAUUAAAAGAACGCGAUUAUAAAAUAAUACAUGGUGCAUCGCAUGAAUCAUUGGAUUCCAUGACAGAUGGUUCUUUACAAGAUAGAAAUGAACCUCUCAAAGUAUCUGGAGAUGGAAAUCUAGAUCCUUAUACAUUAUACGAUUUGGCUGAGUCCUUAUAUCCAAAAGGUUCAAGGGAAUUAGAUGAACGAAUUGCUAUUGAGCUUGUACUCUCUAGUGCAAGUAGAUGUCAUCACUGUGCCUCUAUCCUUUAUGAUGAAGAAAUAAUGGCUGGUUGGCAACCGGAAGAUUCAAAUUUAAAUACAGUUUGUCAAUACUGUGACAAAGCAACAGUACCGCUGCUUACUAUUACCAUAUUAGAUUACAGAUGCGAGGAAAAUGAAAAGAAGAGUGACCCUCUAAUGGGAGCUUUGGUUGAAUUAUUAGAUAAGCCGAAAGAACUAUUAGAACCUAUUACGGUGCCAUACUUAAAUCCUCUAGUUUUAAGGAAAGAACUAGAAAGUGUUUUAAGUCAAGAGGGUGAUGCGUGUCUUACUAAACAUAAAUUUAUCGAAGAACAUCCAAUAGUAUAUUGGAAUCUUAUAUGGUAUUUUGAAAGAAUUAAUUUAACGAGUCACCUUCCUGAUCUGUGGCUAGGAAAUGAUAAGAAGAAGGAACAGAUAAAUUACAGUCCUGUAGGUGUCAAAACUAUGUGGGAUAAUGAAAGGCUUCACAUGGAUCGCUUACCUAUGUAUCUACAAUGGAAGCUGAAUAUUGCAGAUGAUAAAACAUUAAUGCAGUCUGUAAUUACAAAUGUUCGUCGAAAUGACUUAGCGGAACCCAUAAAAAGAGUGGCCUUAGAAAGAAGUAAAAAUCAAUCAAGUAACCGACCGCUAUUUUCUGUAUACCGGGAUAUUUUGUUUCUGGCAUUUACAGUUUUGGGAAGAGUAAAUAUUGACCAAGGUGUUUUCGACAGAGAAUACACAUUAUCUUUAGAAAGAUUAACAGAGAAAGAAGAGAAACUAUUGUGUAAAAUUGAUGCUCCGCCCUCAAUGAUGUCAGUGUUUUGCAGACAUUAUUUUAAGCAACUAAACGUGUAAAGUUAGAACUGAAGGUAUUGAAAAGGUUGGUGUAACAUAUUGUGAGAAUGAAUAGUAUGUUCGUAAAGGGUAUUACAGAUUUAUCUGUGAGGCCAGAUUUUUGAUGUAAAACAAAACAUGUAAAAUGUCAAAAUUAGUAGUAAAUUAUACAUUUUAGAUAAGUAUUUAUGAUUAUUAUUUUCGAAUGAAGAUUGGUAAUUAGUGCUGUUUUAAAAAUUUAGAAUUU